CCCGGGGGCGACGGGCCGGAGCUGGGGACGCGGGCGCUCGCCCGCCCGCACAAGCCACGGCGGACUCUCCAGAGGCGGAACCGCAGCGCCGAGUGAGAGUCAGCUUGAAAAGGAGGAUCAAGCUCAAGGCAGAGUCUCCAUGGAGGUGUGGAGCCUUGUCACCAACCUCUAACUGCAGAACUGGGAUGUGGAGCUGGAAGUGCCUCCUCUUCUGGGCUGUGCUGGUCACAGCCACACUCUGCACCGCCAGGCCGGCCCCGACCUUGCCUGAACAAGCCCAGCCCUGGGGAGCCCCUGUGGAAGUGGAGUCCUUCCUGGUCCACCCUGGUGACCUGCUGCAGCUCCGCUGUCGGCUGCGGGAUGAUGUCCAGAGCAUCAACUGGCUGCGGGACGGGGUACAGCUGGUGGAAAGCAACCGUACCCGCAUCACAGGGGAGGAGGUGGAGGUGCGGGAUUCUGUGCCCGCUGACUCCGGCCUCUACGCUUGCGUGACCAGCAGCCCCUCAGGCAGCGACACCACCUACUUCUCCGUCAAUGUCUCAGAUGCUCUCCCCUCCUCGGAGGACGACGAUGACGAUGAUGACUCCUCUUCAGAGGAGAAAGAGACAGAUAACACCAAACCAAACCGUAUGCCCGUGGCUCCAUACUGGACGUCCCCAGAAAAGAUGGAAAAGAAACUGCACGCAGUGCCAGCUGCCAAGACAGUCAAAUUCAAAUGCCCUUCUAGUGGGACUCCUAACCCCACACUGCGCUGGUUGAAAAAUGGCAAAGAAUUCAAACCUGACCACAGGAUUGGAGGCUACAAGGUCCGCUAUGCCACCUGGAGCAUCAUAAUGGACUCCGUGGUGCCUUCUGAUAAGGGCAACUACACUUGCAUUGUGGAAAACGAGUAUGGCAGCAUUAAUCACACCUACCAGCUUGAUGUUGUGGAGCGGUCCCCCCACCGGCCCAUCCUGCAGGCAGGGUUGCCUGCCAACAAGACUGUGGCUCUGGGCAGCAAUGUGGAGUUCAUGUGUAAGGUGUACAGUGACCCACAGCCCCACAUCCAGUGGCUAAAGCACAUCGAGGUGAAUGGGAGUAAGAUUGGUCCGGACAACCUGCCUUAUGUCCAGAUCUUGAAGACUGCUGGAGUUAAUACCACCGACAAAGAGAUGGAAGUGCUUCACUUAAGGAAUGUCUCCUUUGAGGACGCGGGGGAGUAUACGUGCUUGGCGGGUAACUCUAUCGGACUCUCCCAUCACUCUGCAUGGUUGACCGUUCUGGAAGCCCUGGAAGAGAGACCCGCAGUGAUGACCUCGCCCCUGUACCUGGAGAUCAUCAUCUACUGCACAGGGGCCUUCCUCAUCUCCUGCAUGGUGGGCUCUGUCAUCAUCUACAAGAUGAAGAGUGGCACCAAGAAGAGCGACUUCCACAGCCAGAUGGCCGUGCACAAGCUGGCCAAGAGCAUCCCUCUGCGCAGACAGGUAACAGUGUCAGCUGACUCCAGCGCGUCCAUGAACUCUGGGGUUCUGCUCGUUCGGCCCUCACGCCUGUCCUCCAGUGGAACCCCCAUGCUGGCCGGGGUCUCUGAAUAUGAGCUUCCCGAAGACCCCCGUUGGGAGCUGCCUCGAGACAGACUGGUUUUAGGCAAACCCCUAGGAGAGGGCUGCUUUGGGCAGGUGGUGUUGGCAGAGGCCAUUGGCCUGGACAAGGACAAACCCAACCGUGUGACCAAAGUGGCUGUGAAGAUGUUGAAGUCGGACGCAACAGAGAAAGACCUGUCAGACCUGAUUUCAGAAAUGGAGAUGAUGAAGAUGAUCGGGAAGCACAAGAACAUCAUCAACCUGCUGGGGGCCUGCACGCAGGAUGGUCCUUUGUAUGUCAUCGUGGAGUAUGCCUCCAAGGGCAACCUUCGGGAGUACCUGCAGGCCCGGAGGCCUCCCGGGCUAGAAUACUGCUACAACCCCAGCCACAACCCAGAGGAGCAGCUCUCCUCCAAGGACCUAGUAUCCUGUGCCUACCAGGUGGCCCGAGGCAUGGAGUAUCUUGCCUCCAAGAAGUGCAUACACCGAGACCUGGCUGCCAGGAAUGUCCUGGUGACGGAGGACAACGUGAUGAAGAUCGCAGACUUUGGCCUAGCUCGGGAUAUUCACCACAUUGACUACUAUAAAAAGACGACCAAUGGCCGACUACCUGUGAAGUGGAUGGCACCUGAGGCAUUGUUUGACCGGAUCUACACCCACCAGAGUGAUGUGUGGUCCUUUGGAGUGCUCCUGUGGGAAAUCUUCACUCUGGGAGGUUCCCCAUAUCCUGGCGUGCCUGUGGAGGAGCUUUUCAAGCUGCUGAAGGAGGGCCAUCGUAUGGACAAGCCCAGCAACUGCACCAACGAGCUGUACAUGAUGAUGCGGGAUUGUUGGCACGCAGUACCCUCUCAGAGACCUACUUUCAAGCAGCUGGUAGAAGACCUGGACCGCAUUGUGGCCUUGACCUCCAACCAGGAGUAUCUGGACCUGUCAAUGCCCCUGGACCAAUACUCUCCCAGUUUUCCCGACACCCGAAGCUCCACCUGCUCCUCAGGGGAGGAUUCUGUCUUCUCUCACGAGCCGUUGCCUGAGGAGCCCUGUCUGCCCCGACACCCAGCCCAGCUUGCCAAUGGCGGACUCAAACGACGCUGACUAGCACCCCAGCACUGCUCCUCCCUGAACUCCGUCUUCAGCUGUAAUUCACCUACCACUCCCCGCUGGACUCACUGCCUUCCCCUUUGCCCUUUCCUGCUGGCAGGAGCCAGCUGCCCACCUGAGGCCUUCACCCCACCGAGU